UCAUUGUCUUGUUCUCGUUUCUUUUUUCAUUCUUCUUGAGGUAGAUAGAGUAUCUAAAAUUUUUUAGAUAUACAUUGAUAAGUCUGUUUGACUUGAUUUUCACUCGUUCAAAGAACAAAAACAGAAGUAAUCUACUAAAACCAAAAAAGUUUGACUCAGUUAACAUCGAAAAACCAAAAAAUUGAAUCUACAUAUGUUACAGGACGAAGCAAUUAAGAAGUAUCCAGUGGAGCAACUUGUAACAUCUUUGUACAACUUAGUCGUGGCCAUAAUAGCUCUACCAGUGGCUUACAUUUUUGAACCAGACUUUAGUACAUGGGAAAUAAAUUCAGGAACGAUGGUGAUGGCCAUUUUAAUUGCAGGACUACUUGGAUUUUCCUUUGCUACCGCCAUGCUCACAUGGAGCCUACGCGUGAAGGGGGCCGUCUAUGUAUCACUAUUCACGCCAAUGUCAAUUGUCAUUGCUGCAAUUAUGGGUGUGAUUUUUUUAGGUGAUUCUCUCUAUAUCGGAAGUGUUGUUGGUGCAUUAAUAGUAUCCUUUGGAUUUUAUGUGAGCUUGUGGGGAAAAGCACACGAAGAGACGGUGGACUUGGGAGUUAGUAAUUACUUGGAAUCACAAUUCCCGGAAAAUGAUUCUCUGUUGCAGUGACACGUAAGUGAAGAAUACAAAGAUCGUAAUUGUGAAUGAUGUUACAAAUUGUUACAUUCUGCAAUUGUAAGACAGUUUGUCUACGUUGGAAGGAUUACACAUUUAUUGUAUUGAUGAUAUGUACAAAACUCCACAAAAUAUUUUUGGAAAUAAACGGAAA